AUGGGACUCGCAGUCAUGCUCUCCCUAAGAUGUGACGAUUCCUCCAACACUGUGUUCUCGCGAGUGGAAUGUUUUGCAGAAUCUUGUGGUAUAAGAGAACUCACCCUUGGUGUGAAAGGACUUCUUGAUUGCGCUCGAUGGUGCAGAACGGACGCUUCCUGUAUUGGCGUCAGUGCCGGGCAUACCACGACCCCUGGUGGCGGGUGGGAUGAUGACGUGGAAGGAGACUGCUACAUCCAUAGAGACUGCAAUGAUGUUUCCAAGGACUGCAGUAGUUUCACGGGGGUGUCUGGUCUUUAUUAUAAUUUAACAGGUACAGAACCUGUAGUAGCAACAAUAUUGAACAAGUGUCAAAAUGGUGGCACCUGGGAUGAAACCUCCAACCAAUGUAGCUGUGUGGGUAGUUGGGCAGGCCUUCGGUGUGAACGCUACCUCCGCAAUUGUUCCGAACUGAUUGAGCUGGGUUUUGGAAUUGGAGAGCACCUUGUACAAAUUCAACCUGAGUUUUCCGAUCAUCCUGCUCGCAUUGUUUGUGACAUUCAAAAAAAGAGUAUAAAUACUUAUGUUGCCAAAAGUACAGGGGACUUUGAGGGAGACAAAACCUGGGAGGAAUAUGAGAAUGGAUUUUUCAAUGACAUCAACAACUUUUGGAUAGGUUUGAAAAACCUUCAUUUAUUGUUUCACACUGAAAAAAACAGGAUGGUCUAUGCUGCAAACUUCUCAACUGGCUUGCUUUGGAGAUCGUAUCCUGAAUUUUACGUUGGGAACUCAAGUACCAACUAUGAACUCACUGCAGGUCGCGGUACAUUUUACAGGAAGGGGAAUGCAACUUUAGGCGAAGGAGGGAGACUACUGGACUGUUUCACGUUUGCCAGUGGGAUGCCGUUUUCAACACAUGAUGCGGAGCAUUGCAACUGUGUGCCAAAAACAUGCGCAUCACGGGCAGGAGCGGGCUGGUGGUUCUCAGAUUGUGAUAUACGAUGCAACCCUCUUGCUAGGAAGUACGAAAAUCGGCGGCAAAGCUAUGCAGAAGAUCGAAUACACUUGGACAAUCUGAACUUGUACGAUUCUACAUACGCAGAGAACUUUCAGUAUGUUAGUCUCUCCUUUCGUAAACGGGCUGACUAA